ACAGGAACAACACCGCCCGCUCGGGAAGCGAGCACUGCUGCUGCUGCUGCUGCUGCAACCUCACUCACUCGCGUGAUUCCACACACGGGCGUCACGCACAUUAUCCGGUUAAUUUACAUACAAAACACCGCCCAGGGGGACGAACAUGAUAAUCUACCAUCGACUGAAAGCUAACAGUGCGGAGGGGAGAAAAAAACAGCUGAAAAAAAGUUUGGACGGGAGAGGGCUGUUUUAAACCAAGCGGAGUGUUUCGACACAAACGAACAGGCGCUCGUCGGGCUCUUUGCCCCACUUUUGGAUUACGAUAUGGACGCUUUGAAAUCUGCAGGAAGGGCAAUUAUACGGAGCCCCAGUAUCGCCAAACAGUCGUGGGCUGCCGGCAGACAUAAAAAGCUUCCAGAGAACUGGACGGACACGAGGGAGACCCUUCUGGAGGGUAUGGUGUUCCAGCUCAAGUACCUGGGGGUCACAAUGGUUGAGCAGCCCAAAGGCGAGGAGCUGUCUGCGGCUGCUGUCAAGAGGAUAGUGGCCACGGCCAAAGCCAGUGGAAAAAAACUCCAGAAAGUCACAUUAACGGUCUCCCCUCGAGGAAUCAUCCUCUACGACAGUGCCUCCAAGCAGCUGAUAGAAAACAUCUCCAUAUACAGAAUAUCAUAUUGCACAGCGGACAAGAUGCAUGACAAAGUGUUUGCCUACAUCGUCCAGAGCCAACACAAUGAGACGCUGCAGUGUCAUGCCUUCCUCUGCACGAAGAGAAAAAUGGCCCAGGCGGUAACCCUAACGGUGGCUCAGGCUUUCAGAGUGGCGUUUGAAUUCUGGCAGGUGGCCAAGGAAGAGAAAGAGAAGCGAGUGAAGUCGGGUUCAGACGGAGAAGGAGCCAGCAACUCUCAGUCGGACAGCUCGGCCAGCCUGGGCAGCCUGAAGGGAGGAGAGGUAGCCACAGGAAAACUUCUGGAUUUGGCAGAGGGAGCUAAUGUGGCGCUGGUCCACUCAGGAACAAAGCAGACUGAAUCGGAUCCCUUUAUGGUGCAUAAUCAUGCAACAGAGAACAACAAUACUGUAUGGGAGUUGGAGGACGGUCUGGACGAGGCGUUCUCAAGCCGCAGUCUGGAUAGCUUUGAAUCCUACUCAGACUCGCUGAGUCUCGCACUAACCCCCAGGUCCUGGACAUUGGGGUAAACCCUCAGGACUUCAACACUGAAGAGUGCCUGUCCCCAGGAAAAUGGGACCAAGAGGACACAGACUUCAGCACACAAAAAGACACUUUCUAAAAGUGAAGCUUCCGCCAAGAAGGAAAACAGGGAAACAUGAGGAGAAACGGUGGUAAAACACGGUUGGAAACUGUGGCAAAACAGACAUUUUGUGACAUCAGUAAAGUUUCCCACAUUCUCCCUGCUGCCAAUUCCUCUCAGUGGUUCAGUCCAGUGGCUCUCUGAUGCUCCAGCAUCUGCACAACCAGAGAAGGACAACAAGAGCAGACUGCUCACAGAACAGGCCAAAGCAAUACAAACCAAUUAAUCCCUUUUCUAUGAAAAACCCAUGCAGUCAUUUAAUGUUUGUUACAGUCAGUGUAUCACUUCCUUUUAUGUGUCCGUCUACCCAUUCACUGAUAGUAAUGUGUUUGUGGUAUGUGCUUGUGUACCUUGCGUUAAAGAAAGUGAGUGUGUGGAUGUACAGAAUAUACUGUAAGUGUACAAAGUGAGAUGUGAGAAUAUGUUGAGGUUUGAACAGGUCGUCACGUGAGAUAAAGGUCAACAAGGGUGCCGUCGCAUAUUUUAUUUACCUAGAGAUGGAGAAAUGUAACCGGAUUAGAGGGAAAAGUCACUGGUGAAGGCCACCAAUGCACUAGUUUUAAAGUAAUACAAUAAAGUUACUACCUAAAUGCUUCAAGGAUUCAGCCUUUUGUUGGGCAACAAAAGCUUUAAAAAAAAAAAAGUGUGUAUGUUUUGGUCAAAGAGUGCUUGUGUGAAAAAUGGAUGUGAAUGAAAUGACAAUCUUAGUUUUUUUUCUAAUGCAAAAUCUAUUUUUGCACUCAACAUUCAUCCACUUUGAAAAGCACAUAUUUAAUGUAAGGGAAUUUAAUGUCAAUAAGCAUCAAGCUCAUUAUUCAGGCUUCUAUACAGUGCCUCUGUUCACUCGUGUCCUGUUUCAUUGUUUUUACUUUGAUCACAGUAUUCAUUCUACUUUUUCCCCCCAACGUUGUAGGAAACUCCAAAUGGCACCAAAUUUCAAACUAAACGAUUCUUUAUUCCAGACGUGACGGUCUAUUCUUUCACCAGGCCAGCGAGUUGCUUUACUCGCCUGUGAUUCAUAGUUUAAAAAAUCAAACAUGAAGUCCACGAGGGUGAAAGUGUUUUAUUGGCACUCUACCACUGUAUGUUAAAUUAUAUUGUUGCAUUUACUUUGCUAGUUUACUUUGUUUUUGUUUACUGUUAUUUUUUGGCAUUUGUGUAUGUGUGAAUUUAAUUUAAUUCAUUAAUUUACAUAAAAUUCAAUAAAAGUGAAAUUUGGUAUCUGA